CGUCCUCCUUCGCCAUCAGGCCUACCUUCAUCCCCUCCAACGGGGACACGAUGGGUGACCGUCCAGAGAGUAGGUUCGAUGAUACACCCGUGAGUACACGUGUACACAAUCCGUGAGCAUUCGCGAGAGAGAAUGCUUAAAUUAGGCCCGGCUUCGCGAAUUCACACAGCGUCUUUUGCCCUCUCUUCGAUAGAACAUCUCGAGGAACUCUGUACCGACUAAACGCAUAUGGUAUGCACCUCGGGUCGAACUUCGCGAAGCGGUCGAUCAUGAUCUACCCCGUAUCUCAUCCAACGCUUGUUUCAUGUGUGCGCAUUUCUGACACUGGCGAAUUCAGAAAAAUUUGAGAUUGUCAUGUACUCACCUUGUAAUUUAUGAAACAAUCAUAAUCGCUUGGCUCAGAUGUACGUCGCGCCCCGUGUCGUGGUAAGGUUUGUAUUCAUACUUCCCCUCGAAACUACCGGCCGAUGUUUCGAGUCCAAGGGGGUUAUGCAGAGGGACACGAUCGGGGUACGUAUGUUAUUGACACUCACUCACGUUGGUCUCGGACUCGCUCUCGCGUGGCCCUCGCCCGCUGAAGGCAGUGCAACGCAAGAGGAAGGAGGAAGAAAAAAAAGAGAGAGAAAAAGUCUCACGGACCUGGUAUGCAUGGGUAUACACGUACGUAGUACGUACAUAGCUGUAUGACAGAUCCCUCCCUAGUCCCACACCGGAUGUUUCCAUGAGAAUGAACUGAAUGAUAAGUGUGGGACGGGCUCCCUCGCGGUCGUCGGGAGCCGAGGAAAGAAAAGGCAUUCGUCGGGCCUAGUCCUCGGAACUUACAAAGCUUUUGAAAUCCUGUCGGACGUCGUGAGGCCCAAAAGAUGGCACGGGCCACCAAACCAGAGAUUCGUUGCCAGGGUGAAAUUGGUUUGUGUGGCCGUGGGGGCGUGUGUAAGGUGUGGAAUCCAUAACAAACCCACAGUUCGCGUAGCGAGGAGGACGAAAUCGACCUACGUAUGAGAGAGGGCUGGAGAGGCUGCGGACUAAACGGGCCACACCUCGAACGCAAUGAUAGUCAAAAAGGGAUUUAAGGGGCGUACGCACGGCUGCGCG